AUGACCAGCACCGUCCUGAACGCCGUCGUCUCCGAUCCCACAAGCGUCUCCAAAACCCCCUCCGAAGCCAAAGACAAGCGGCAUCAUCGGCAAAAUGGAAAAGGUUUCAUGAACCCAUGGCCCUCGUGGGCAGAGCAGUCUGCUCCACAGAUCGUGAGCAAGAUCAUAUGGAUGCGGUUGACAGGGAAAUGGAAGGACCCUAGUGUCGAGCCGCCGACUGUGCCAGUACAUAAGCCCAAGUUCCUGCCUACACGAGCGACCGAGAAGCUACGGGCGACAUGGCUGGGUCAUGCAUGCUAUCUGGUCGAGUUCCCUGGCGGUCUACGAGUCCUUUUCGACCCCGUCUUCACCCACCGCUGCAGUCCCUUCAGCUUCCUCGGCCCUGCAAGAUUCACGGAAAUGCCUUGCCAGAUCGACGAUAUACCCAUGGUCGAUGCCGUAGUCAUCUCCCACUCCCACUACGACCACCUCUCCCACCCAACAAUCGUCAAACUGAAGCAGAAGUUCCCCAACGUGCACUUCUUCGUCCCGCUCGGCAACAAAGUCUGGUUCGACAAACUCAACAUCUCCAACUGCACGGAAAUGGACUGGUGGGACGAAAAGACCAUCUCCCUCUCCUCCAAAGGCGUCCCCAAAACCGCCGACGCCCCCUCGACACCAGACGGCGACAUCACAGCAACCAUCGGCUGCCUCCCCUGCCAACACACCAGCGGCCGUACACCAUUCGAUCGCUCACGCACCCUCUGGGCUAGCUGGUCCGUCUCGAGUGGUGGCAAGAAACUCUGGUUCGGCGGCGAUACAGGCUACCGCACCGUCCCUGAACUUCCUCCCUCCGAAUUCGACUACGGCGAGAAAUACUCCAACCUCCCGCACUGCCCCUCCUUCGCAGAUAUAGGCGAGCUACGCGGCCCCUUCGAUCUGGGCUUAAUCCCCAUCGGCGCGUACGACCCGCGUUGGAUCAUGAGUCCUAUGCAUGCCAACCCGUACGACAGCGUGAACAUCUUCAGCGAUACGAAGUGCGAGCGUGCGUUGGGGAUGCAUUGGGGUACUUGGGUGCUGACGUCGGAGGAGGUGUUGGAGCCGCCGAGGGUGUUGAGGCAGGCGUUGAAGUGGAAGGGACUGCCGGAGGAGGGAGUGUUUGGGGUCGUGGAUAUUGGGGAGAGUAAGGAGUUCUGA